AUGAAACGUGAGAAUGAAAUUGUUGAAGCUUUGCGCAAGCUUGGUGACGCCACUAGCAUGGAUAUCACUGUUCUUGUAUAUACGGAUGCACCAUUAUCAGUGCGACUGGCUGCUUUGAACAAUGUCAAACUGCAUUUGAAUAAACUAAUCAAAGACGGACGUGUAGACUUAACAUCCACUGGUAUGUAUCAUCUGAAUCAUUAG